GUUCCCGUUAGAUCAUCCAGUCCGAGUCCACCCAUCGCAUCUUUGUUACCUUGAUCCUGUUCUUCACUCUUGGCACCUAUACCAGCGUCUCGCCGUCUCCAAUCUCCAAAAAACAAUUUGUCAUGGGUUUGCUUAUUUCGCAAUUUUGAUUUUGAUUUCCACACACACCCGGUAAUUUCCCGAAAAACCCAAUCUUUAUCCCUUCCAUCGCACCUCCUUUUCGCCCACAGGAAUCAGACACACUCCCCAUAUGUUGUUUAAUUUUUCUUGGAUUUAACACCAGGGGUUUUCGAACAUAUUUUUUUGUGUUAUAUCUUGCAGAUAGAUUUUCAAACUUGAUUUUUUUUUAUUUUUGUUUUGAUUUUUUGACCUGAGGUUUGGGAUUUUUGUUUGAUCUUUGGUAAAAAGAUGUCUCCUUGGGGUGGAGUGACAUGCUGUUUGAGUGCAGCUGCCCUUUAUCUGCUUGGGAGAAGCACUGGAAGGGAUGCAGAGGCUUUGAAAUCCGCUGCUAGGGUCAAUCAUUUGAAGGAGUUGGCGCAAUUAUUUGAUACCGCUUCAAAGGUAUUGCCUUUGGUUGUCACAAUCUCUGGAAGAGUUGCUUCAGAUACACCAAUCAGCUGCAAGAGUGGCUUACGUGGAGUAAUUGUCGAAGAAACAGCUGAGCGGCAGUUUCUUAAACACAACGAUGCUGGCUCAUGGAUACAGGAUUCUGCUUUAAUGCUUUCAACAUGUAACGAAGUUCCAUGGUAUUUGGAUGAUGGCACGGGUCGGGCAUUUAUAGUUGGGGCCCAAGGGGCCAAAGGUUUGGUAUUGACUGUUGCCAGUGAAGUGUUUGAAGAAGCGGGGCGAUCAAUUGGACGGGGGAUGUUUGAUUAUCUUCAAGGUCUUAAGAUGCUUGGAGUGAGGAGAGUUGAACGGGUCCUUCCAGUUGGCACACCCUUGACAGUUGUUGGUGAGGCGGUUAAGGAUGAUAUAGGGACAAUUCGGAUCCAACGGCCCAGCAAAGGCCCAUUUUAUGUUUCUCCUAAAACAAUUGAUCAGCUCGUGAAUAAUCUUGGGAGAUGGGCAAGGUGGUACAAGUGUGCUUCGAUGGGAUUUACGGCCUUUGGUGUUUUCCUGCUUGUAAAACACGCUUUCCAGUACAUUAUGGAAAGAAGACGCCGUUCGGAAAUGCGCAAGAGGGUUCUUGCUGCUGUAGCUAAGAAAUCUGGAAAAGAGAAUGAAGAGGAAAGUGGAGCUGACAGUAAAAAAGAUGGGAUGACGCCGGAUUUAUGCGUGAUUUGUUUGGCACAGGAAUACAACGCUGUUUUUCUUGAUUGUGGGCAUAUGUGCUGUUGCUUGGGAUGCUCUUCACACUUGUCACAGUGCCCUCUCUGCCGCAGACGGAUUGAAAAGGUCGUCCGCGCCUUCCGCCACUAAACACCACACCAAUUUUAGUUUUUUCCAGUGUUUGAUUUAAGUUUCGCAUCGCUCGAUGGUCGGGCGGGCCCACUUUUGCAUCUGAGGGUAACAAAAAAAUGCAGUGGUGCGACGAAGACGCGAGGGCCAAACGGUACUUUUUCAUUAACCUAUCUUGGUGCUGAAAGUCAUGAGCUGUAAAUAGCAUUAGCCUGCCCCAUGCCUAUGGUACAGACACUCAAAUGUGAUUUUUGAAUCAAUUUGAACUCAGUUGUAUCCUUUCUUUGGCUCUUAUUAACAACAUUUUCCUAUGAUUUUAACUUUGCUUUCUAGUCUUA